ACGCGCCUGAUUGGGGUGGUGCUCCAUCCAUCACUGACGUACCGUUUCGUUUUUCUCUUCGUCCAAGUUUUUACGGAUGUGAAUGUUCCGUUCCUAGACAAGGGGGGUGGGGGAUGUGUGUACUACGUGCGUAGUGAGAGAGCAAAAUGGAUGGGCAUCAUGGAUCACAGAACAUUGACCGAAUUUUGCAUCCACUUUUAGGGCACUCACCCAUCGUCACUCACAAACUCUGGGGCCACAAAAACCUUUCGAUUGGGCAGCAUCCACCAUUACACAGAAACAAUAGCCGUCAUACCAUCGUCUCCCCCUGUGGACAUUUUGCUCUCUCCUCACGGACCGCACUGACAGCAUCUACAGACGCGUAUUCUCUCUGGUUCAUGUCCUUUGCAAAUAGUUUAGCGUAGUGCAUAGUUUGGUGCUGUUGGUCGACUAGUCACGAAAGCCCGACAUAAAGUCUUGUGUCUUGUUGAUUUGCUACUUGGCGUUCAUGGAAUCAUGCACAAAUACGUAAGCCGUGAACUUGACUUGUACUGUCGUCGCAACAUCGAUCUGAGCUGUGCAUGUCCUCACGCUAGUAAG